ACAACUCCCCCCCGAAGCUCAACACCAAUCAAUUAUCAUGACGCGGCUACUACGACCAUAAUUCGCUGCGAAGGAUUCCCAACAUGGUGGUCCAGCAGCACAUAUUGAAUUGGUUAUAUAGCGUUUUGACGAGCGAAUACCAAGAUGUUAACCGCACCUACAACGAUGUAGCCCAAGCGCUAUCCCAAUACCCUUCACUAUCGCCUAGGACCGAUGUCCAUACUUUCGACAACGGCGUGUCUGCCCUCCUCUUACACUUAUCCGGCACCAUCCCCGUCAUAUUCCGCGGCACCACCUACCGAUUUCCUAUAUCGCUAUGGAUACCGCACGCCUACCCACGCGAGGCGCCCCUGGGCUAUGUCACGCCCACCGAGAAUAUGAUGGUGCGGCCAGGCCAGCAUGUUGAUCCUCAGGGACGCAUAUAUCAUCCUUAUCUCGUAGGAUGGGCCGAGUUCUGGGACAAAUCUUCCCUGUUAGACUUUAUCGCUAUACUUAGAGACGUAUUUGCGAAAGAGCCUCCGGUCGUCUCGCGCCAGCAAGCUCCUCCCGUACCGCAACAAUCCGCUCCAGCGCCGACCCCUCCACCGGUUCCUCCUCUACCCCCUGAUAUGUCAAGACAGACUCCUCAGCAGGUCCCAUCUCCACAUACACAGGAUCCAAGGCCGCCACCGCCUCCCCCCAAAGGUAGCGACCUCCCCCAGGUAGUAUCAGGCCCGACUACUCACACGGACGGUCCCCCACGACCACCUCUACCGGAAGAUGUUCGUCGGCAGUCAAGCCAGUAUAGCGCGCCAGCAGCAGCAACGCAGUCUCCGCAACCAAAUCGGCUCUCAAGAUACGACGCAGCACCUCCUCUACCGCCGCAUCCACCACAAUCAUAUCAACAACCACCCCCGAAUGUCCAGUACCAACCCCAACAACAUACAUAUCAGCAAGGCGGUCCACCUCCUCUCGGACUCACACCACAGGAUUCUCGCCGCGCAUCCAUGAUAUCCCCCGUAACUCCCAUCCCAUACAACGCCACCGUCAUCCCAGGACAGCCACCAUACGCCGGCCCACCUCCAACUUGGCAGCAACCCCCACCACAACAGCUUCCAGCGCAACCAAAGCCCAAACCUCCUCCACCCCCCGAUCUCAUGGACGAGCCCUUCUCCCUAGCCUUACCAGAGCCCUCCGCCAAUGACCUCCCACCACCCCCCAUCCCCCCAAACCCCGAAAAAGACGCCCUCCUCCAACAACUCGCCUCAACCCUCUACGGUCUACGCCAGCGCGCCCGCGCCCAAAACGAAUCCUCCCUAGCCGGUCUCUCCGCCCAACGCACCGCCAUGCUCUCCGCGCUGCAAAACCUACAAUCCGACGCCUCGGCCCUAGGCCCCCUAUCGGCAAUGCUAGCGUCCAACACCUCGAUCCUGCAACACUCCCUCCAAGAAGCAGACCGCGUGGUAUCCAACGCGCGCACCCGCGCACCCCCGCCUAUCGACGACUUAUUAGUCGCCCCCACCGUCGUCGCAAACCAGUUAUACGACGUAGUAGCCGAGGAGCGCGCUCUCGGGGAUGCGAUAUUCGUGCUUGGGCGCGCGGUUGAGCGCGGCCGUAUAAGUCCUGCGGUUUUCGCCCGGACAACGCGCGGAUUGGCGCGGGAGUGGUUUUUGAAGAAGGCGCUUGCGAGGAAGAUUGGGAGGGGGAUGGGACUUGCUGGGUAAGUUAGGUUGCCUGAGGGUUUGCUAUGAAUAUAUGAAGGUUAUUGGUAUGGAUAAGUGGUUUGGUGUGGGGGGGUUGCUGGGUCUAUAAUUACCCAGGUACCCAACCUAAGUAGUAUAGUUGUCUGUCUAAAGGGGGGUCUAACUAAUGCCUACAGUUUGAUGCUUAGGCUUAGUAAGGUCAAGAUGCGAACGGGAGAUAAUGGGGUUUCAGCUGUUAAUAUAGGAGGGUUUUAAGAUACCUCGAGUCUAUUAAAGUUCGCGUUGCUAGAUAUAGUUGUGUUGUGUUGUGCGCGUGUAUCUCCCCCCUUUUUUAUAGUUAUGUAACUGGUGACCACCGUGGAAA